AUGCGGCGGAAAAUCCAGUCGCUCAUCGUCGGAUAUGGCGUGCCGGCCAUCUGGUUCACCAUCAACCCGAACGACAUUACGAACCCGGUGAAGCUGCGACUGGCGGCAUACCGCACACGCGAUCCCGACGCGGCCGAGGAGUUCUUAGAAGGCCUUGGGGAUGCGUAUAAGCGGGCACGGCUGGCGAUAUCGGAUCCCAUGAGCUCGGCCGUGUUCUUCCACCGCGAGAUGAAGCUGUUCUUCGAUCAUUACGUGAAGGUCGGUGAAGACUCGAUGCUUGCCGACAUCCACGGGGAGGAUCAGGCGGCGUAUCGCGAGCGAAUCGUCCGAUACAUCGAUAGCGUCUUCUCAGAGGAUCUGGACCAGGAAAGUUUUUGCGCCGUGCAAGCGGAGCGAUCUGUGACGGGCGGUAUUGGUUCCCUGCUGGACAACGCCGCGCAGUUCUCGGCCGCGUUUAUCGAGGAGGCCAACUUCUGUGCCGGCGCGACGCAGGAGGGCGGAAAGGGACCUCUGCCGGUUCAAGGCGCCAUGGAGCGCAAGACAAUGGCCCUCAUCUAUUAUGUCACGAACUACGCGACCAAGGUGGAGGACCCGGUGUGGAAGCGUGUGGCGGCCGCGGCCGAGCUCCUGGCCGCCUCAACAGGGAACAGGACGCGACAGUUCCUGAUGAGAGUGGCGAACCGCGUGUUCACGGAGCGUCCGCUAUCACAGGUCGAGGUCGUCGCUCACCUUCUCGGAUAUCCGGCCGAGUUCACCGACAGCAGCGCGUGGACGUACCUGAACUGUUCUCUGCUGUACUGGGAAGUCUUUCGGCGAUGGCGGCAUCUCCGAGAAGCCAGUGGCGCUGCGGCUAUGGAUGACACCUUGGAUGAGUCGGUGCUCAGGCGGCCGGGCAAGCACGCUACCGUCUGCCUCGACGGCUACCUGAGCAAGGACUUCACCUACGAUGACGAGUCGUGCUACCGGAGGGCAGCCGUGCAGCAUCUUGCGCUGUUCGUGCCGUGGGAGUCCUUCCUGGGCGAAGGAACAGCCUCGUCCGGCGAUGGCGACCCGACGGUCGCACACGUCGAGGAGGGUGGAGCAGGCGAGGCGGGCGCGGAGUCUGCAGCGACAUAUCAGCCCAACAGCAUCGGAGACGCAACGCGGCUCAUCGACGUCGUCCGAGGUGCAGUGGGAGCGAAUCAGGUGACGGCCAAGUCGCCGGAGCUCAUGGCAAUGAUACAGCAGCUCUGUCGGUUUCAGCAAUCGGCGCUGCGCUCGACGGCCGAGCUCGAGGCCACGGCGCUGAUCGAACGAGGGGAGAGGCGGUUAAGCAUGCCAGGGCGGGUAUUUUCCGGGGCCGCACUACCGCCGCAGGAUCAGGUCAAGGCUAUCAAGUCGCAGCAGGUAAGUGCCUCGAAGGAGAGGGAGAGGAUGAUCCAAGGGAUACAAAGCACGCCCGCCGCCUGGGAAAGCGAUCGCCGCGCAGCGUUGCGAAGGGUGAUGACCGGUUUCGGGGAGGACGAGGUCGAAAUGACGAUGGCCGACUCCGACGAGACCGCUAUCGACGCAGGGGCGGGAAUGGACGUUCAGUUUGGCCCAUCAACCUCCUUCCUCGCGGCGGGCAAGGUGUUGGCAACGCGGCUGACGCUGAACAAGAGGCAGUCCAUCGCUUUUCUGAUAAUAUGCCGCCAGCUCGAUUUGAUGCAGCAGACCGACGGGGGCGAUGCCUGCCAGCUGCGCCAGUUCGUCGGUGGCGAGGGCGGUACCGGCAAGUCGCGAAUCAUCGAGGCACUCGUCGAGCUGUUCAGUAAAAGAGCCUUUCGAAUCGUCUGCUGA